GCCAUCACCGCCAUCCUCACUGAGAGCAACCUCCAGACCAGCUCCUGUUAAAGCAGGAUGAACGGAGUGACGAGAAGCAUGUGCACCUUUGAGGACAUCAGGAGUCAAGAGCAAGGGGAGGGGUGCAGGCGACUGCGGCUCACUCUGCACGACCAGAGGCAGGCAGCUCGGAGCACGGAGCAGCACAGGGACAAGCCUAUUGGACGUGCGUUGGCACUGGUGCAGCCGACCACUGACCGGAUAUCUCUGAAUCCUCAACCGGUCAAAUCUACAACGGAGCAGGUGGAGAUUGUCAAGGUUUAUCUAGAGGCCCGUAAACAGGAGCAGCAUAAGCACCAGGAGAGCCUGCAGAUGCUGUCAGACGAAGUUUCCCAGAUACAGGAGGUGAGGUAUUGCCUGAAGACGCUGAGGGAGCAGAUGGCAGCCAAAAACAAGCCACUCACAAACGGGUGGAAAGUUGGUCUUCCCUUCAGAAAGAGUGCCUCGUUGUCCUCAAGCGGAGCGCCUAAAGCUGACGCACAGGAAGCAGAAGAAGAAGCCGAGAGAGCCAAGCUGAGGGAGGUCAGCAAGCGCUUAUAUGCACAGCUACAGGAAGCAGAAAAGAAACACCAAGAGGACAAAGAGAGACUGCAGGCUGAAACCCGCCGGCUGAGAGAGUGUCUCAGCGACGAAGAGGAGAAGUUGAAGCUCACGGAAGAAGCCAGCGAGAGGAAAGACCACCGCGUCGACGAGCUCCAGAGGUUGCUGGGGGGGAUGGAGCAGGAGAGCGCCACCUUGCGAGUAGCAAUGCGCAACCGCGAGGACGAACUGCGCGAAGUGCGCGAGAUCAGAGAGGAGGGCCAGAAAGGGGCGCAGAGAACUGAGCAGUUGGAGAGGGAGGUGGCAAUUCUCAAAGAAAAGAUCCACCAUCUGGACGACAUGCUGAAAAGCCAGCAAAGGAAAGUCAGACACAUGAUUGAACAGCUCCAGAACUCUCGCAUGGUGAUCCAGGAGAGGGACCGCGUCAUCAAAGAGCUGGAGGAGAAAGUGUCUUUCUUGGAGGCUGAGAACCGAGAGAUGCAUGACCAGAUGGAUUACUUCCUGGGAGGACAACGGUCCAAUUCCUACCUGUCAUCAGAGUGCAACCCCCAGAUCGUCUACAGUAAACCAAUCAAGCUGUCCAACUCAUCCAACAAACCUCUACCUUUCAUCAAAGUCAUUGAGAUCAAGUCAUGAAGUGACUGUGCAGAAAAAAAGACGCCAAUUGUCAAGAAAUCUUUGCAACGCAGACUGAAACUGAACAGCAGCUCUACGACCACAUCGGAUCGCUUCAAUGGUUGUGGUGUCAGAGUUGAGCUUCCUGGACUGUAACUACAACACUACCACUGAAACCACAAACACUCUUGAAGGAAACUGUGUGGUUAGGCGGUACACACACACCGGGGCUUGCUGUAUGUGUGUGCACAAUGAAUGCGUGUGUGUGUGUUUGUGUGUGUUUGUCAGCUUUAAUGUAGAUGCACUAAGCGUACUGAUUCAGCUGAUGUGCAUGUGAAGUUUUUAACAAUAAUAAUGCAAGUGUUUCCCUGUGCUGCCCUGUUUUAAUUGCUUUUUUAACCUUUGGAGUUGAGCAAAGUGCAGGAUGGCAGACCUUUUGCCAAAGUGGGUUCUGACAUUAUCAAGAUGAUAUUCAGUAAUGUAGCAGACAAAGCUAGCUAAGCUAAACGUUUCGUGUAAAAAACUGAUCCUAGUUCCUGUGUAAUCAUUAGUCACUCAUGACGCUGUUCACUUUGUACAGGACGAAGCUUUAAACGUGUACAUAUUGACAACAGUUUAUUAUAUAAGGUCAACACCCUGGGAUAUUUUUUAAUAAUGUGGUGUUAAGCCACAAACAAUAUGGCACUUCAUGAAACUGUGAAGCAGAAGGAAAGAUAUUACUUCAUAAAAGUUUAACUACUCUACAUAUUUCUUCCGAAGCAUUUCAGUUUCCUCUCGUGUUGCCUGCUUGUUUUGUACUCGAUUUUAAAUUAUCUGAUUUCAUGUUUUCAAGACUUAACAACUUUCUUCUUUAUAUUUAUUUAUAUAUGAAAACACCUUGAGACAGAAUGUGAUAGGAGGUUGUUGUUUUUUCCAAUGAAGUGCAUCCUAAUCUAUUACUGUAUCUGUGUUUGUGGUUCUCGGAAUAAAUUACUGAAUGUUAA